AUGGCCGGCCGAAUUCUGCAGCGUGCGGGCAAAUACACCGUCACACUGCAGGAUCGCCAGGCAGACGACGACAUGUACACGGUUCGCAGAUCCAUGUCUCCCAGCAUCUUUGCAGACGUGGGAGCUCGAGAGGCGGGAAGAAGUUCUGACCGCCUCGCCAUCGUGGCCAACUGCUGCGACUACUCCGUGCGUAUGAACACGAAGAGACUACAAAACAGCCCCCUCAGCUUGAGCCUGGCCUUGCUAACGCUUUAUGUCCUCAACGGAGAGAUCCUCAUGAAUGGCGAAGGCGGUGGCAGCAGCAGCAGGGGCAACAACAUGGCUCCACUCAACAGGACCGUGUUCGACUUUCUCAAGACCCAGUCGCUCGACAGCUUCUCGCCGCCCAUCCGACAGCAGCUCACGUUCAUCAAGAGCUGCCGCUUAAUCCAGGUCCAACUGGUCAAAGACGGCAUCCAAACUCGCGGCCAUCUCUGGGAGAUCGGCCCCCAGAUUUCCGUGAAUGUCCGUCGCCGCGUGCCCCGGCAGUACAGGUCGGGAAGCGGCCUGAGUAAACACCACCGCCGGAGCCUGCACCAACUUCUGCUGCAGCUGCGGGCUGGUCGGUCCCGCAUGCGACAAGCAAGGCUUGCCUCGUAUCUCGAGGGCUUUCUCGACGAGGACGAAAACUGUGCCGGAGUCGACGAGCUGAGCUUCUCGCGGAAGUUUCAGACCUGGAUGGCCGGCGCCGUGGGCGAGGCCAUCGCGGACCCGGGGAAGGUGUUGCGUCUGGGCCGUCUCACCGACAAACGCCGCGACGUCGCGCAAGACGACUAUACCGGUAUCUUUGUCUUCGACGCCGACAGAGCGCCGGAAGGAGAGUACAUUUUCACGGCCUUCGAAGAUGGCAAGGACGAGGAGAUUGACAAGCACGUUGCUCUGGAGGUGGACGUGGGAGCGCUCAACCGGUCGGGGGUGCCUCUGUUGGAAGCACGGAGAUGGAUCAACGGGUUGGUUUUCUUCCACGGCCAUCGUAGGGGGGAUUUUAUCUUUCCCUGGCACCGGUCCUUGACAGUCUAG